ACAACCAUUGAAAUGUCAUCAAGUGGAACGUUUCAAUUUUACAAAAGAGGCAGUACUAUAGCAAGCCUGCCAAGAAAAUGUGCAAAACCUAAACAUGCAUACAAGGACAAUGAUGCUAAACACAAGAGCAAAUCCACAACCGACUGGCUCAAAGACAACGGAGUUUCAACCAUGUCAACUCCUCCUUCAAGUCCAAACCUCAACCCAAUUGAACAUGUGUUGGCUACUUUGAAGGACAACCUAAAACGGAAAGUCAAGCCAAAAACAAAAGUGGAACUAGUCAAUGGAAUAAAGUACUUUUUGGGGAAACUUGACAGCAGUUAAUUGUGCCGAAUACAUUGAUCACAUUCAUAGGGUUUUACCUCAUGUUGUGUUAAACGAUUGUGGACCAACAAACUUCUGACCUAUUAAGUGUUGUAAUUUUUCAUUAAAACAUAAACACCUUGGCUUAUUUUCCAAAUCAAUCAUAAAAACAACAGAAGUACUGUUAACUUUCUGAAUAUGGAGUUCAGUCUUUUAAUAUUUUUUUUAUGUUUGCUUAGUUUUGAAGUGGUUAACAGGUUUAAUUUUCAAUUUGCUUUUCCUACUCUCAACCUUUUUUAUGACAAAAAUGAUCUUGUUGUUUUACAGCAUGCUGUUUUAAAGACAGAAAUUUUGAUAAAAAAUAAUUUAGUGUUGAUUGCAUCUAUAUUUUAUGGUCAUUUCAUUGUAUAUUUUUAUAUUGUCAAAAUAAAACAAAAUAUAUUGUUAUAAUAAGUAAACAAAGGUGAAACUAGUGUUUCUUAUAAAACAAGAACUAGCGAUAGUUCAAAUAAAACUAUUUUGGAACAGACUAUAAACAAUACUAUUGUGGUAGCAACAGAUUUGACUUCUAUUAUAUCAUAA